CCCCGCGGCCGGGCGGCCGUCGUCCUUGGGGCUCCCGCGGCGGCGGCGGCGCAGGAUGACAGCUGGAGAAUGGAGUCAGAUUACCUCGAGGAAUUCCCAGAAACAGAUGAGCCCGUGUGGAUCUUGGGGAGGCAACAUCAUCUUAAAGCAGAAAAAUCGAAGCUGUUGUCCGAUAUAAGUGCCCGCCUGUGGUUUACAUACCGAAGGAAAUUUUCACCAAUAGGAGGGACCGGCCCUUCGUCAGACGCCGGCUGGGGAUGCAUGCUCCGUUGCGGACAGAUGAUGUUGGCCCAGGCCCUGAUCUGCAGGCAUUUGGGAAGGGAUUGGUGUUGGGAGAAACACAAAAAGCAACCAGAGGAGUAUCACAAGAUCUUGCAGUGCUUCUUAGACAGAAAAGAUUGCUGUUACUCCAUCCAUCAAAUGGCACAGAUGGGCGUCGGAGAAGGGAAGUCCAUCGGAGAAUGGUUUGGACCAAACACAGUCGCCCAAGUUUUAAAAAAACUUGCUCUAUUUGAUGAGUGGAAUUCCUUGGCUGUUUACGUUUCAAUGGAUAACACGGUGGUCAUUGAAGAUAUCAAAAAAAUGUGUCGGCUCCUGCCCCAGGGCAGUGGCAUGGUCCAAGACGGUCCCCCCCUUCACCUAAGUGCUCUUGGCCAAAGCAAGAACGCCUCCGGGUACUGUGCCAUCUGGAAGCCCCUCUUGCUUAUCGUACCUCUUCGCCUGGGGAUCAACCACAUCAAUCCUAUUUAUAUCGAUGCAUUUAAAGAGUGUUUUAAGAUGCCCCAGUCUUUAGGUGCAUUAGGAGGAAAACCAAAUAACGCCUAUUAUUUCAUAGGAUUUUUAGGAAAUGAGCUGAUCUACCUGGACCCUCACACCACUCAGACCUUUGUGGACACGGAGGAGAACGGGCUGGUCGACGACCAGAGUUUCCACUGCCAGCAAGCCCCUCAGCGAAUGAAGAUCAUGAACCUGGACCCUUCGGUGGCAUUGGGCUUUUUCUGCAAAGAGGAAAAAGAUUUUGAUAACUGGUGUAGCCUUGUUCAAAAGGAAAUCCUAAGGCGGCAGAGUUUAAGGAUGUUUGAAUUAGUGCAAAAGCAUCCCACGCACUGGCCUCCUUUCAUACCUCCGGCCAAGCCCGAAGUGACCACGACCGGAGCAGAGCUCAUCGAAUCGACGGACAAGCUGUUCGAACUAGAAGAAGAGUUUGAGAUUCUGAGCGUCUGAAGCGGGGACACCCAGCCCGCCAUCGGCACCCGGUAAAGCAUCGCCCAGGCGUGGGACGGCCACACAGCCUUUCUAGCCAGAAAGUGCCUGAAGUAACCAACAGCACAAAACUCGACAGCAGAUUGAAACGGAGUCAGCCGUGGUUUCAAACAAGCUCCCUCCCCUCCCUCCCACGACGAAAGAGAAGAUAAGGACCCUACCGACGGAUCCCCUCUCCCCCCUGCCAGGAUGCCGCGCUCCAGCCUCGCCCUCUCCCAGAGAGUCCACAAGUAAGAUGGGGAUGGCAUCAGAGGUGCCACACCAGAGUGAGGCUCUGAACUAGCUCGGGCCACCACCGAUGUCACCUUAACUCUUUCCCGGGGUGAUUGGGGAGAGGGGACAGAUCACAUGGGGUCAAUUGGAGGAACUGCAGCCCAGGAAGCGACUCAUCCCCUCCUUCGAAGGGGGCUGGAUCAGGGAUAAAGGGUCCUCGGGAGGCUAGCAACCCGGCUUUUCUGUGAAGUUUCUGGAAAAGAUACCACAGCCAACGGGCAGCGCCUUUUAACUGGCCUUCCGGUUCGGGGAACGGGCGUCGUGGACCCGCCGCCGUGGCCGCUCCGGCCGCAGCAUCCAUGUCACCUUGACGUCGAGUCCCCUGUUCUCGGCCUGGCUUCAGGAGUCAGGGGAGGGGUUUGUUUUCAUUGUAUAUUUAUUUUUAAAGAGUUCUAUUUCCACGAACGUUUCUAUGUAACAGGACUUGGUCCGUGCUCCUAAUAAAUUUCCGAAGCACUUCGUAGGCGGCA